AUGCGUCGUAUAAUCAUUCUACUUGCAAUAUGCUCUGGUGCAGGAGCAAUUUUCAAUGCACUGUUCGGUGGUCUUGGGAGUCUAUUCGGAGGAGGAGGAGGAGGCGGCGGCGGCGGAGGCGGUUGCCCAUGCAAACCCUGUACGCCUAUGUGCCGUCCAAUGGGCGGCGGAGGUGGAGGAGGAGGCGGUUCAGGUGGAGGAGGUGCAACACCUGUUUACAUCAUCAAAGUUGAAUCUCCCGCACCGUCUCCUUCUUAUGGUGGUGGAGGAGGCUAUGGAGGCGGAGGAGGUGCAUACGCAGUUGGAGGCGCUGGAGGAGGAGGCUAUGGGCCUGGAGCAGCAGGAGGAGGCUACGGACCCAUAGGAGGAGGAGCAGGAGGCGGAGGAGCUUAUGCUAGUCCAGGACUUGGAGCAGGCGGUGGAGGCUUCCCCAGUGAAGGAUCGUAUGGCGGCGGAGGUGGUGGCGGUGGUGGAUUAGCAGCACCAGCCUUUGGAGGACUAGGCGGAGGAGGAGGCGCUUACGCCAGCCCAGGACUAGGAGCAGGCGGUGGAGGCUUUGCCAGUGAAGGACCGUUAGGAGGCGGAAAC